CCGUUGCUGUGAGUGAGUGCGACGAAUAUGAGGGGGGGGGAGAAGAAAGGUGGGUUAACUUGAUGGCACUCUCUAACCAGGCUGAGGAUGCAGUUGGGGAUGGAGAGAGGGAAUAUGCCGCUGAUGACGCUGGUAAGUGGGAGGUUGGGGAUGAGUGCGUAGAUGGCAAUGGAGAGGGGGAAUAUGGCACUGAUGACGUGACUGAGUGGGAUGGGGAGUGGGGACUACUGGCAACGGUGGAAAUGGCGGCAGCGGCAGCAGCGACGGCAACAGUAACAACAACAAUAAUGGAGGUGGAGCAAGGGUUGGAAGAAGGGAGGCAAGGAAUGGGCGGGAUUGGCGAGACGGGCGGGACGGUUGGCAACAACAAUGACAAUAACAUCACUGACAACAAUAACAAUAGUAACUUCAACAACGGCGGCGUGCGGCCAACGGGCGAACUGGGUGGGAUAAGCGUGAAGGAGGAUAACAACAACAACAACAAUAACAACAACAACAACAACAAUGGCGACACCAACGCGAUGGUGGAGAGGGGAGAGAACGUUGACAACAACAACAACAACAACAACAACAACAACAACAACAACAACAACAACAACAACGAGAUGGUAGAGAUGGGGAUGGUGGACAGGGGAGAGAAUGUUGACAACAACAACAACAACAACAACAACAACAACAACAACAACAACAACAACAACAACAACGAGAUGGUAGAGAUGGGGAUGGUGGACAGGGGAGAGAACGUUGACAACAACAACAACAACAACAACAACAACAACAACAACAACAACAACAACAAAAAUGACGCUGAGCAGGAAUUGGGGGAAAAGGGGGCGGUGGGUGAGAAGGACGACGCAGACAACAACAACGACGGCGGUAUCAACAACAACAAUAACAAGAAUAAUAAUAAUAGUCACGACGAUGAAGGAAAUGACAACCACGGAGGUAGCGGGGCAGAGAGUGGUGCUUCCGCAACUUUGAUCCUUAUCAGUGUCAUGGGACAGAUGCCGUCAUCAGGGCAGACGAGGGGAUCUUGUAGCUUGGUGUGGAUGGCGAAGUGGGGCUUGAGGCUGAAGCUACGAUUUGGUACUGUUCCCCCCCAACCUUACCCGGUGUUUUCCCAUGAUGAAUCGUCUCUUUUUCUUUGGCACCGGGUGGGGAUAGGAUAGAUGAUCUUGCGAUGAUUAGGGUUGAUUGCCUCUUACCUGU